UAAAAAAAUCUAUUUAUAUCUCUAUGAAAUUAUAUAUUUCUAUUCAGUUUUUCUUUAAAUACACAACGCGUCACUGUAUUUAACAUAAGUUAAUUAUUCUUCAAUAAUGUCCAAUAUUUUAUUUACAUUAUUGUGGAUUUUAAGCGUAACUGGGGUGAGUUUUGCCGGUGAUUGGUGUUAUGAUGGGGACUUAUUGUACUGUGACUGGGGAUGCUGUGACACUUGGCCGAAGCAGACUUGCUGCUCCUUUCAGACCUGGAUUAUCGUGGUAUCAGUUAUUGGCGGCCUUGUUGCGAUCGGAAUUGCCAUCUUUGUAAUAUGCAUAUGCGUCAUUCAGAGGAGAAACCGACGAAGGGCUGCUGGGGGACAGGUGAUUUCUGGUGCAGGAACAGCACAACCGCCAACAGUGGCGUAUGGAACGCCAUAUGGUCAGCCAUCAGUCCAGUUGUAUACUGGGAAUAAUGCAGGGUUCGUCCCAGCUCAGCCUGCGGCCUAUCCUUCCGUCCAACAAACAUAUCCAACCACAGGAAUGAACACAUAGAAGUUUGGUUGAUUUCACAAAAUGUGCAAAGACUUCUCUACAUAUAUUACACUUACAUAUCGAUAACAGUUCAUCCGAAAGUUUACAUUACCUCAUAAAUACGAACGCUCGGAGAAGAAAAUAACCAUUCAUUUCAUCUUGUGUUAACUGCUUUCACAUAGCAAAUCUUGUUAGCCAUUAUCUUUCAAAAUACUACGCAUAGUCUAAUACUUCUGAAAAUUUUCAAACAUCUAGAAAGGUGAAAUAUCAUUCACCUUUGAAAAUUGCAGAAAAAUCGAGAUAGGGGAUCGCAUGAUCUCAUGAGCCGCAAUAUGUGAUUUAGUAAAUGAAUUGGAAUUACUUAGAAACUCGUUUAAAUUUGUACUGAAAAUUGGAGGUCAAUAAAACAUCUGUUUAACUGCUUUUUUGAAAGUGACAUGCGAGCCUUAUAAUUUUGACAACUUCUGCAAUUUGACUCUGUAUAAGUUAAGAUGUUACAAAACUGUUAUAGCUUAUCCAAUAACAUUUGAAAUGAGGAAAGAUGAACUUUCGUAUGUUUGACAAGUAGUUACUAUGGAAUUUUACUUUUUACGUCAGAGACUCAGAAUAUAACGAUGAUACUCACAACAGUAACCGAGACUGAAUGCAGGCAAUCUUAAAAGAGCGACCCAAACAGACACAGAGAUGUCAAAGCGGGCUAAAAAGUAAAUAUUAGCACAUACAAAUGUAUUAAGAAAAAAAAGAGAGUAUCUCUUUUUUUCUUAAUACAUUUGUAUGUGCUACUCUUUUUUUCUUAAUACAUUUGUAUGUGCUAAUAUUUACUUUUUAGCCCGCUUUGACAAAACGAUGGUGUUAUUAUCAGUGUCUUGAUCUGUAAUUGUUCAGUUUACGGUGUGGUCGUGGGAUGUGAAAAAAAUGCAAGAUAGCAUUAAUCUAGUUUAUAGCUCCACGACAUUCACAAUAUGAGCCGUGCCAUGGGAAAACCAACAUAGUGGGUGUGCGACCAGCAUGGAUCCAGACAAGCCUGCGCAUCCGCGCAGUCUGGUCAGGCUCCAUGCUGUUCGCUUUUAAAGCCUAUUGGAAUGGGAGAAACUGUUAGCGAACAGCAUGGAUCCUGACCAGACUGCGCGGAUGUGCAGGCUGGUCUGGAUCCUUGCUGGUCGCAUACCCACUAUGUUGGUUUUCUCAUGGCGCGGCUCAUAUAUUUUUUUCUAAACGUAUGCCGAAUUUGAGAAAAGUACAUUAAGAAAAGUGUUAAUUUAAAAGAUAUGGUACAGAAAUCUUUUAUCUUUUGUGAACUAAUUCCUCUUUUUUUUUUUUUUUUUUUCAAAAUCAUAUCAGUAGUACAUGUAUACAACCUAUAUUAAUGUAACGACUGUUACUUAUCUCUUUUAAGAAAUGAAACAGGUUUUUUGAUGUUCAUGUGAAAAGAACGACAAAAUAAGAUCGGCAAAUCAUACUAGCAAUUCAAGUUUAAUUUGCCGAUCCUAUUCUGUCGUUCAGUUCACAUGAACACCGAAAAAAGUUGUAUUUCUUAUAUUUACAUUAUAUUUCCUUUCCAUUUGUAAACAAAAUUAUUUUAUGAAUUGCACACAUUUUAUUGCAUUUGACAUUAAAAUCAGCUUCCUGGCCAUUCUGUUCACCAGACGGAACACCUGCGAUGUCCUCUAAGGAACGUUCUCCCUGACUAUACAUAGAUAUCGUCAAAACAGCGGCCCGUUAUCACUAAGCAGCGUUGAUGUAACUUUCGCGCCUUUCCUUCUGCUGUUCAUACGAAAUAAACGUCAUGAUUUUGCCUUUGCGACCAGUGUAGAUCAUGAUCAGCCUGCACAUCCGUGCAGUCUGAUGUGACGGCUUAUCAUGAUUUGUACUGUUCGCCAUUUAGUCAGUAUCCUUCUGGUAAGCACCCCUUUUAACAGUUAACGGUACUGUCCAAAUUGAAAGAUGGACAAGUUCAUUAUAGAAAUUUAGCAGGGUAAGGGUUAAUUGAUUUAACAUCACCAGAGUACGUACUUUGUCCCUGUUGGGUCAAGUUAUGCCGCAUGGUCAUUUACUUAUAACUUGCUUCACACCUAGAAAACAAGGGACCCGCCUGUUGUGCUGAUACACAAUUAUAUUUUCACAAAUCAUGACAGUGUUAAGUAGAGUCCCUAAUGACGUGUUGCUUGUAAUAUUUUUUUAACUUCCAAUUUGAAGUUAUAAUAGAUAUAUAGAGCAGGAAACUGCACUUAACGUUCUCUCCUGUAUACAUGAUGAAGUGUUGUCAAAAUUUAUGACUAUUACGUAUUCCUGUAUCACACAUGACAUCGAUUCUUUGUUACAGAUAUGCUUUACACUCAUUAAAUCUCAUUUGUACAACA